UUUUCUUUGAUUUUUUCUGCUCGUCUUCUCCCCCCCCCCCUCUCUCUCUCUCUCUUUCUCUGUUUUUAAAAACCCGAUUCCCUUUCUCUUCCCCGACCCUGGAAUUCUCUAACCGGAAAUCGAGCCUCUGAAUCAAUGGAAGAUCGUAACGAGAAGAACUCAUGGAUGUCAGUGCCGCAAUUUGGUGAUUGGGAUCAGAAGCAUCAGAUGCCAGAUUAUUCCAUGGACUUCUCAAAGAUAAGGGAGAUGAGGAAGCAGAACAAGAAAGAUUUCUCGAGGGCCAGCCUCGGGAAUGAAGAAGAGCUCUUCCCUAAUCGCCACCAGCCUGACCAGCUUCACCAGCAACACACCCACCAUUCUCCAACUAACAAUAGGGCUGUUAUGCUCAUUACUAAACUUGUUGAAGAGAUGAAAUAUAGCCAAGGUAUAUCUUUUUUAUGAGUGGUUGAAUUGAUUAUCAGAAGAAGAAUUAGGCCAAAAAUUAGGAUACAUUCUAGGAAAAUAAAACUUCCAUGGAAGAGAGGCAAAUGAAAGACUUUGAUAAAAAUUCUCGUAGAAUCGAUAAUGAAGUUUUCAUUCCGUGAAUGCCAGAUCGUGAAUUAGUAACUGCAUCCAAUCUCUGAAAAAGUCUCAAUUGUUUCAUAACUUUUGAUAUUUGGAAUGGGAUAUUUACGGAAUCCCCAUGAAAUGGUUGAUGAUCCUUUUUUAAUAGCUCAAAUUGAGUGCUUGAACUGUCUGAUCUGCCUAUUUUUUGUU